AUGUACCCUGAGAUGGCCAAAGUUCCCGAGACAAAAGGUUCGACCAAGGAAGAACCUCCAAAGGCCAUUGUGCUAUGUAGUCGAUGCCAAUGUGAGGUGACUCUCGAAGUGGUUUCGCCAAAGCCCAAAGAGCCAACCAAGGAUCAAGUCCAAGUGGGCAGAUCUAGGAGUUUUGAAAAGAAGAUGAUAACAAGUCCGGCCGAGAAUUACGGCCCACAUAGCCCAAGGGGCGAAAUGGAAGGGAGGCCGAACAAACGGCCAUUGCAUGAGUACCAAGAUAGGUACGAGAGGCCGAGGUAUCAGCCGAAGAGGAGAAAUCAACAUGCCCCUCUAAGAUAUGAAGACAUUGAUUCGCCCGAUUCAAGCCAAAAUCGAAGCAUGUGGAUUUCGGUGGAAGAAGGCAAAAGCCGAGAUGUGGCAUAUGUAUCAAGACCCCGCCCCGCGGACGGUAAUGGUGUCCCAACUUUCAAGGUGCCAAACACAAAGGCGGGCCAAUGGUAUAGAAGUAGAGGCCCAAAACUUCCACCGGUGCCUCUGAGCAAAACUCAAACGAGAAGGGCUCAAAGACAAUAUGCCACCACUUGCAAGGCGGAGUUAGAUUGGGCGGAUAAAAGGCAAGCUCAACUUGAUCGAUUGGUCGAGCUUCGAGAGAAACUUCGAUUGGAGGAGUUGGAAUUGGCCAAGGCCGAUGCCGUCGCUUCUUUAGAGGCCGCCGCGGCCGAGGAGAUGAAAAUACGUCGAGAAUGGGUGAAUGGCCGAGUUGUGGUAACGGCCCCGGAAGAGCCAAUCUCGGAAUUAGAGGCCCAUUUGACUGGGGCUUUUGAGGCAAAUAACUCUAAAGUGGAAGUUAGUGAACCGACCAAGAGGAGAGGAGAUAAACCUCUCAAGGUUCAAAAGGCAAGGGCGGCUCCACCAAAAGCCAAGCCUCCGAUCGCCAAGGCCCUGGCCAUGACCAAAUUGGCUCAGCCCACCAAGGUUGAGAGCAAAGAGGAAAAGGACCAAAACAUGGUCCAAGAAGCUGGGGAUGUGCCCCAUAAAAUAGUAAGCGAGCCUAGGGCGGAAGAAGACCAAGUUAUGGUCGAUGUUGAAACUAAUGUGGUAGAAGAAAGGCCGAGCACACGGCCGAGGAAGAAGCUAAGGAGCCAUUGGAAAAUCCCGAAGGUUCGACGGCCGAAGACGAAGAGAUAUAUGGGGAAGAUGAGGAGUAUGCGGACGAUGAAUACUUAG